AUGGAAGCUUCCAAUACCUAUGUGAUCGACGGCGUGGAGAUAACUUCCAAGCCGCCGCGGGCGCGCCGGAAGGCCGACGUUUCCCGCGGACGCCGCCACGAGUUGGAGGAGCCGCCGUCUCCUCCGGAUUCUCCCGAGGUUGACAUAGCAGCUGAGGUGGAGGAGCUCGCAUCCGAGUCUCACGAGUUCGGUUACCUGGAUCACCCCGCGGACGUGAUCAUUACUGGGUCCGGUAAGCAUUUUUGUCGUGCGUUGGAGUCUAUCAUACUGGCGAUGUUCGGCUACAUAACGGACACUUCGUUGGUAGAUGCGCGCAGCCGUCGCAGCAUUUCCGCGACAGGCAAGUCGCUUAACCAGCUGCUGUUCCACGUGCUGGUGGAAUGCCUCUACAUGCACAACGGUCACGGGUUCGUGGCCAGGUACGUGCGCGUCGAAGGCGACGUCGACGUACUGCGGCUGUUAGGAGGCGACACAUCUGCAGAAGUGACGGUUUCGCUCUAUGGCGACAUAUACGAUCGGAAACUGCACACGUGCGGCACGGAAAUCAAGGCCAUCACGUAUCACGGGUUGAAGACGCAGAUGACAGUGGGCGACCAGGCAGUGACUCUGACGGAUGACCCAGCCGAAGGCACAUCUCCUGACGCCAUAUCGCAUUUCCUCCGCAGUAUUGACGCGGAUUCGCUGAAGACAGCUGAGUUUAAGCUGUUCGCUCACGUGGACAUCUGA